AUGCGCUCAUCUCACCCGGUCAUCGAACAGCAGGAAGUACAUGGAGUCCGUCAACAGAAACAAAUCACGGAUAGUGAGGAUGCACCACGUGCCCCUGAUCUUGUUCACUAUGAGAUCACGGAUACAGAGACAGUGCCACGUGCCCCUGAUCGUGUUCAUUAUGAGACCACGGAUAUAGAGACGAUCACGGACAUAGAUGCUGUACCACGUGCCCCUGAUCUUGUUCAUUAUGAGAUCACGGAUAUAGAGACGGUACCACGUGCCCCUGAUCUUGAUCACAAUGAGAUCACGGAUAUAGAGACUGUACCACGUGCCCCUGAUCUUGUUCAUUAUGAGAUCACGGAUAUAGAGACAGUGCCACGUGCCCCUGAUCUUGUUCAUUACGAGAUCACGGAUAUAGAGACUGUACCACGUGCCCCUGAUCUUGUUCAUUAUGAGAUCACGGAUAUAGAGACUGUACCACGUGCCCAGCAUCUUGUUCAUUACGAAAAAAAGGAUAUACAGAUAGUGCCAAGUGCUCCUGAUCUUCUUCAUUUUGAGAUCAAGGAUAUAGAGAGAGCGCCGCGUGACCCUGAUCUUGUUGACUAUGAGAUCACGGACAUAGAGAGACUGCGGGCAUCCUCCUGUGAAGAAUCUCGGGCCUACCGGACACCUGAUGGGAGCUGCAACAAUGUGAACAAUGCUAUGUGGGGAGCGGCCGGAGCCCCCCUCAGACGGACUCUCACCCCCGUGUAUUCUGACGGUGUAGGGACUCCUCGGACCCUCGCUGUCAGUGGUUCUCCUCUGCCCCAUCCCAGGGCAAUCAGUAAUCACGUUCACUUCGAGAAGAGCUUUCUCUCCAACAAAAACACCAUCAUGCUGAUGCAAUGGGGCCAGUUCAUUGAUCAUGACAUAACAGGAACUCCAGUGAUGACAGAUGACAAAGAGGAUAUCGACUGCUGCACAUGGCCUGAUUCAGUUCAAAGCAACAAAGACUCUCCGUGUAACCCUAUUCAUAUCCCGGCGGGUGAUCCUUACUUCCCGGACGGGAAGUGCAUGAACUCAGUGAGAUCAGAGGCAGUCUCGGGGACGGGCACAGACUCUUCCAAUCCAAGACAGCAAUACAACGAACUGUCUGCCUUCAUUGAUGGCUCCCAAAUCUAUGGCAUUUCCACGACUGAGACAGAUGAUCUCCGAGAUAAAACAUCAGGAGCCGGCUUGAUGGAAGUAAGCGCUGGGAAUCUCCUACCAAAGGGAAGUGACUCAGACUGUUUCCUUGACAGUUCUGAUUCAAACAACUUCUGUUUUAAAGCAGGUGACGCCAGAGUGAAUGUGUUCCCCGGCCUGUCUCUUCUCCACACCCUCUUUUUGAGAGAACACAAUCGUGUAGCAGGAGUAUUGAAAACCAUCCAACCUCUGUGGAAUAACGAGACUCUCUUCCAGGAGGCAAGAAAAAUAGUUAUUGCUGAAUUACAGGUGAUCACAUACGACGAGUGGUUACCUGAAAUACUUGGCAAGGACGGCAUGUCAAAUUACAACUUAAAUCUUGGCAACUACAACUAUAACGAAAGCCUAGAUCCGUCUCUUAGCAACGUCUUCUCCACGGCCGCUUUCAGAUUUGGGCACUCGAUGGUACCAGAAAACUUUACCAUAGGUUCCGAAGUCGUAGAUACCGGAGACCUAUUCAAGAGAACAAAAUUCCUCAUCAACAAUCUCAAUGACGUUGUCGGUAGUCUUCUGGAAGCUCCUGGAGAACGGGCCGAUGCAUGGUAUGUGGAUGGAAUGAGAGACAGAAUGUUCGAGGAGGAUUCCGCUGCUAAAGAUGGCCUUGAUAUCGUGUCGCUCAACAUCCAGAGAGGAAGAGAACAUGGUCUUCGAUCUUACAACGAGUGGAGAGAAUACUGUGGUUUAACCAAGAUCAAUUCCUUUACGAACGGGACGGACUUUGGAGCGAUUCAAGCUCAGGAUCUGGAAGAUAUAUAUAAAAACGUGGAUGACAUUGAUCUCUACAGUGGGGGCAUUGCCGAGGUUCCCAGCCUACCAGCGGCUGUGGGAAAGACAUACAUGUGUUUGAUUGGUGAACAGUUCAAGAAGCUCAGGGAUGGCGACAGAUUCUGGUUCGAAUCGACAGACACACUCACAGGAUUCACAAGUUCUCAAAUCGACCAACUGAAGAAGGCCUCGCUGUCCAGAAUCAUCUGUGACAAUGCCGACAACAUUCAGACCAUCCAGCCCAGAGCGUUCGGUCUGCCACCAACUAAUGCCACACAAGGGAACACGGUUCGGCCUUGUGACCAGGUGAAGACAGUUAACAUCAGGAGGUUCUGGAAAUCCUAAUUACAAGGAAAUAAACUAAGAGUAACGUAC